AAACUAGACGUAAAGAAGGCGUGAAAACUGAGAGAUUAAUGAAUAAGGUUUGGAUUGGAAGCUAGGAAAAUUCACAACGAAUGGAAAUUCAUGAAUUGUGGAAGAAACAAAGAACGAAGGAGAGAUGAAGCUUGUGUAAAUUAACGCAUUAAACUACUGCUGGUGAAGGGGUCGUAAGGUCGGCGAUGUUCUCUCUCUCCAUUGACAAGUUUUGGAGCUUGUUCUGCCAUUGGAUUCCUAUGAAUUGCUCUCCAAAGAGAAUUCAGAGUUGUACAAGAGAAAGAAAAAGCAACUCUCAGGAGUUCGUCUGAGCUUUUCCAAGGGAUCCAGCUCCUGCGUGCUGCUAAGGAUACCUAGAUUCGAAAAGCAUCGAUUUAGUGUCGUGGUGUUUUGUUGAGAGCUAUUUCGGUGAUCUGGGAUGUGGAGAGAUAGUGGCACUCCUGCUGAUUCUUUCUACCAAGUCCGCCCCGAGUGUGCUGACGAUGUCCCCAAAACUCGAUUUAAGAUCAAGGCUGGUAGAACUCUAAGUUCAAGGAAAUGGCAUUCUGCAUUUGAUACUGAAGGGCAUCUGGAUAUAAGCAAGACUCUGAGCCGAAUCUAUCGAGGGGGAAUCCAUCCAUCAAUCAGGGGAGAAGUUUGGGAGUUUUUACUCGGCUGCUAUGAUCCAAAGAGUACAUUUGAUGAAAGAGAGCAGAUAAGACAGCGCCGAAGGAUACAAUAUGCUAAAUGGAAGGAAGACUGCCGCAAGUUGUUUCCACUUGUUGGAAGUGGUAAAUUUAUUACUGCACCUAUAAUCACAGAAGAUGGCCAGCCAAUUCAAGAUCCAUUGGUGUUGUUAGAAACAAAUCCAGACAAGGGAGUGAUUGUCCCUGCUCAAAAUGGCAUAAAUGAUUCAAGUACAGGCAAUGCACAUAAUUUAGAAAAGGUGAUGGACAAGAGAAUAAUCCAGUGGAUGUUAACUCUUCAUCAAAUAGGUCUUGACGUGGUUCGCACUGAUAGGACACUGGUUUUUUAUGAGAAGCAAGAGAACUUGUCAAAAUUAUGGGAUAUUCUUGCUGUUUAUGCGUGGAUAGAUUUGGAUGUUGGUUAUUGUCAAGGAAUGAGUGAUCUUUGCUCCCCUAUGGUGAUUCUUCUCAAUGAUGAAGCUGAUGCAUUUUGGUGCUUCGAGCGUCUGAUGCGCAGAUUGCGAGGAAAUUUCAGAUGCACCAAUAAUUCAGUUGGGGUGGAGGCUCAACUAAGUAACUUGGCUUCAGUUACUCAAGUCAUCGAUCCAAAACUUCAUCAACAUAUAGAGGCUCUUGGUGGAGGCGACUAUCUGUUUGCUUUUCGGAUGCUUAUGGUUUUGUUUCGUCGAGAAUUCUCCUUUUGUGACUCCUUGUACCUUUGGGAGAUGAUGUGGGCUCUGGAAUACGAUCCUGACUUGUUCUUGAUAUAUGAAGAGCCUGAAUCAGUUUCCAAAAAAGCUGAGAGAUCAAUUAAAGGAAGAACAAAGUCAUUACGUCAAUGUGGGAGGUUCGAGAGAGAAAACAUGAAAAAUGCCGCAAAGACUGCUGAUGCUCCUCUUCCCAUAUCUGUUUUCCUUGUUGCCAGUGUGUUGAAAGAUAAGAGCUCAAAACUAAUGCAAGAAGCACGUGGCCUGGAUGAUGUAGUCAAGAUAUUGAACGACAUGACUGGAAAAUUAGAUGCCAAAAAAGCUUGCACUGGGGCAAUGAAACUUCACAGAAAAUAUUUGAGAAAGUCUAAUGCCAACAAGUCAUGACACCGUAUGCAACCCAGCAAUUUUUUGUUGGUGUUGAGGUUUCCUGUCUAGCGCCUUUUCCAUGAGGGACAAUAAUAUUGCUGCUUACCUAAUUUGGCUUCGAAGUUUUCUGAAGAGAAGAAUGGCUCUACCUAUCUUUUCUUCACCGGGACAGCUGUUGUAUGUGAAAUUCAUUUUGUUGUUUUGUUUUGUAUAUUCAAAAGAACAGCAUAAGAAGGCUGUAUACGAGAAUUUUUCUGCAGACAUUUUUUCCACUGUAUUUACUCUGUAAAAUAUUUGAUAUGUCAAAAGAAGAAAAUGAUACAAGAAAUAACCAUUCAUGUCAUUGAAGUAA